AUGGCGGAGCUGUUAACAGGACGCAAAAUUGCAAUUGUGGGUGCCACCGGCAGACUGGGCAAACCUACUAUCCAGGCUUUACUCUCAAAAGGGGUCCACAAAAUAACGGCGAUUCAACGUUCUGAGUCCACGAGCGAGUUUGGACCGGGAGUACUCGUCAAGAAGGGGGUUUUUACUGACGAAUCGUUCCUGGUGGAAGCGUUAACGGGCCAGGAUGUUCUUAUCGUCAUUGUUCCUAUCCCUAACAUGGAUCUUGGAGACCUAUUCAUCCACGCGGCGGCAAAAGCUGGUGUCCCAUACAUCCUACCAACAGAGUUUGGCGUGGAUACGCCCGAGUGGGAGAAUGAGCAUUCUAUGAUGGCGCCAAAGAUGGCGAGGCGCCGGCUGAUCGCAGAAUUGGGAGUGAGCAGCUGGAUUGCUGUGAUCGUGAACUUUUGGCUGGACACAAAUAUUCGAAAUGGGCUAUGGGGAAUUGAUGUCCGAAGCCGCAAGGCCGAGAUAUUCAAAGAUGGCAAUGCCAAAUUCUCGACAACAACUCUCACACGUUGUGGCGAGGGAAUCGCCGUGCUUCUCAGUCUGCCGGAAAUCGAUCUGGCCCACUACAAGAACCAAUCUUAUUACUACUCCUCUUUCGAGCUCUCCCAAAGAGAUAUUUUCGAAGCCGUCAAACGGGUUACAGGAACAAAGGAUGCAGACUGGGCAAUCAUGGAGACAGAUGCCGCACAGGCUGUUUUGGGUACCGAACCCAAGAUACGCGAUGGGAAUGGUUACGCAGAGUGGUACAGACUUUUUGUGAUGUUCUUCCAAGGUAGGCGAGGGUCAAACUAUGAAUAUAAGGCCACUGAUCUACGGAAAUAUGGCUUGCGGAAGGAAGACCUUGACGUGGCUGUCAGACGAACGAUCGACGAGAUGUAA